AUGGCCAGUCGACAGGCUGGAAAGGCCAAGCCUUUGAAAGCCCCAAAGAAAGCUACCAAGGAAGAGGAUGAAGAUGAUAAAGCCUUCAAAGCUAAACAAAAAGCAGACGCUGAAGCGAUGAAAGCUCUGCAAGCAAAGGCUUCCGGAAAAGGUCCUCUGGUCACCACUGGAAUUAAGAAGUCUGGCAAGAAAUGA